UCAAGUAACCAUGAUAACAGUGCUGCUCCUCCUAACCACCCUAACCUCCCUCUGCCACUCUUACGGCUACAGUAACCACUUCUCCCAGCGGGAAUACUGUGACUCCAGUGUCGUGGUUAAAGCUAAGCUGCUCCCUGCUGGCACUAUAGAGAAGAGUAAUAACCCCCAGGAGAAACCAGCUCUCCCUCCGUUCUACAGGAGGUUCGAGAUAGAAGUAGAGGAAGUGUUGAAGAGUGAUCUAGCUCCACUAUUUGCAACUCUACUCAGAGGCAGCAUGUUCCAUGCUCUUAGCAAGGAUACUGAGGUUAACCCUGAUGCUGACGGUUGUGAUUUUUAUCAGCGUGAACCAUACACUGACCAGGUUGUGUCAGCAGUCCUGUAUUUUGAUAACUGGAAUAACAUAAAGUUGAAGAGAUACUGCAAGGGUUGGUCUGAAACCUCUGAUUUUGAGAAGAACGCACUGAGAGAGCAGAAGUACAACUGUAAGUGUGAGAUAGGACAGUGUUUGGAUAGAGUGAGCGGGAAGAAGGGGGAACCUAACUGUGCUACAGGGGAUAUAGCGUGUGAUGAGGAUGAUAGAGGGAGGUGUAUCUGGAGAGGGGCUAGGAGGACGUGUGUUAACCCUGCCUCUCAGAGAGCACUCUUUAGGAGCAGGGGUUGA